GGAAUCGAAAUCAAACAAUAAUUCGAGAGAAUCGCACAAAGAAAGGGCGAUUCUCGAAAUCCGUGUGCCCCACCACCACCAUUCCCUCUCCCCUCUUAAAAUACUAGCAUUGGUCUACUGUCCUUUUCCAAGAACACACAUUUUUACCAUUUUCUUUGACUCUUUAAAUCACUCACGAUCGAUCACGCGGUGUGAGUGAGUGAGUGAGUGCUCAUCCAUAAACCGCGAUUCAAUGCGGCAUUCAUCGGCAUUAAUUGUUGGAUAGAUUUAUUAAGCUCGAAUUGAUGCGAUUAAGCGUUGCCUUUCUGCGUGAAGAAGAAGUGGGUGUUGCGUCUUGUGAUGUUAUUUUGGGAGAUAUAAGUCGUCGCUGAAACUGUUCAAAAUGGAGAACUAUGAUAUACUGGAGCAGAUUGGUAAAGGGUCGUUUGGUUCCGCGCUGCUUGUUAAGCAUAGACAAGAGAAGAAGAAGUAUGUUAUGAAAAAAAUCCGUCUUGCUCGGCAGACUGAUCGGACCCGCAGAUCUGCCCACCAGGAGAUGGAGCUCAUUUCCAGAGUGAAGAAUCCAUUUAUUGUGGAGUACAAAGAUUCCUGGGUGGAAAGGGGGUGUUAUGUGUGCAUCGUGAUUGGUUACUGUGAGGGAGGAGACGUGGCCGAAGCCAUUAAAAAAAGAAAUGGAAUUCAUUUCCCUGAGGAGAAGCUUUGCAAAUGGUUGGUUCAACUUUUGAUGGCACUGGAUUACUUGCACUCCAACCACAUCCUUCAUCGUGACGUCAAGUGCUCGAAUAUAUUUCUGACGAAAGAUCAAGACAUACGUUUAGGGGAUUUUGGCCUUGCGAAAGUAUUGGUUUCUGACGAUCUAGCUUCUUCUGUAGUGGGUACGCCUAGUUACAUGUGCCCCGAGCUUCUUGCGGAUAUACCUUAUGGUUCCAAGUCAGAUAUCUGGUCCUUGGGGUGCUGUCUUUAUGAAAUGGCUGCUUACAGGCCUGCAUUUAAAGCCUUUGAUAUACAAGGUCUCAUCCACAAGAUAAAUAAAUCGAUCGUCUCUCCACUUCCAACCAUGUAUACCGCUCCAUUCCGUGGGCUAAUCAAGAGUAUGCUUCGGAAAAAUCCAGAGCUCAGACCAAGCGCUGCAGAGUUGCUCCGACAUCCACAUCUCCGGCCCUAUAUCCUCGAUAUGCAUCUCAUGUCGAACAACCCCAGGAGGCAUACUUUCCCAGCUUGGCACUCUGAUUCCAAAUUUGCCAAGAAAACGGGAUUCGUUGAAGCUGAUACUGUCAAACAAGAAAAAAGGCUGUCAGCCGGCAACAACAGGGCAUUGAAUCCUAGCAUAUCUGGAAACGAACUCGACAGUCCGUUCUCUUCUGGAAGAGCACAAAAAACGUUCAGCCAUUUGAAUGAUAAACUGUCCGACUUAUCGGUUGGUAGCGUGGGCGAUGAUAUUGGAGUGCAGAAGUUGACGAAUGCCACCAAGUCCAGCGCUGUCAAAGCUUCGAGAACGGCUUCAGCAAAGGCUUCUUCGAAUAAUAGAAGGCAGUCCACGACCCCGUCAAGAAUAUCAAACCCUGGCUCGACUCGCGAAUUGCUUCCCGUGUCGCACACUCCGGUGAGAAAACCAUCCCAAGCAGCACGCAGAGCGUCUCUUCCGCUGUCCACACGAGCUAAACCUAGCGUUGUCGGUCCACUCGGUAGUGUCGAUUCUUCCGACGUCUCCGUCAACGCGCCGCAUAUCGACAAGAUGGUCGACUUUCCGUUGGCGUCCGCAGACGAGCCUCCACGAAGCCGCCGGAGCUCAUUCUCCUCAGCUCAGUGCUCGUACACCCCACCGUACAGCGCCGACCGUUCCAUCACGAAAGAUAAGUGCACGGUCCAGAUUCUCGACAGGCCGAUCUCCGCUCAAGGCGUGCAGUACAACGGGAGCGAGUGCUCAGAGCACAACCCAGUCCUCGUCGGCGGCGGUGGAGGGGGUUCGAGCCGCUCAUCGUCGGAUUCCCGGCAGCGGAGGUUCGACACGACGUCGUACCAGCAGCGCGCGGAGGCUCUGGAGGGGCUGCUGGAGUUCAGCGCGACGCUGCUGCAGCAGGAGCGGUUCGACGAGCUGCAGGUGCUGCUGAAGCCGUUCGGGCCGGAGAAGGUGUCACCUCGCGAGACUGCGAUAUGGCUGACGAAGAGCUUCAAGGAGAACUCGGCGUGAUCACAUCUCUCAGACUAACAGCAGCUAACCGCAGGUAGGAAGGAAUUUAGCACGUGGUAAUGGCAUAAAAAUGUAGGUUUUUUGCUUUUGGAUUUGGCAUUGUCAUAAACGGCUAAUACUAAUACUACUAUGAUAUAUGAUGAUGUUACAAUUUGUUCUUGCCUCA